UAUAAAGUUUAAAUAGACAUGGACAGAAGUAUGUUUGGUGUCAAACUACCAAAACAAUCAGAGUAUAACGAACUUUACAUAUUCAUCGUUGUAGGGAUACUCAUCUCGUCGACAGAUGCCGUUACCCUGACGGGGUCGUCUGAGUACGCUUUCCCUGGGACUGAGUUUACACUGACGUGUGAUGUACCAGAUGAGGCCACUCUUGUCCAGUUUUACCGCCGUCCUAACGUCACUACUACAGUAGGUGGUAUACAAGUAGGUGGUGACCUAUGUUACAACAUCAAAGUCACCCGACCCGUCCUCUGUACACCGGAUGUAUGUUCCUGUGUAACGUCAGGAGAAACCCUUGGUACAGUGUUCCGGUGGAUCAUACAGCCACAGACGGGAGACCAUGGAUCUGUGUGGUACUGUAGACGUAACAACCUUAACCUACCUAACGGUAACCAACAACUGGACAGUGAUGAUUAUACUCUCAACGUGGGAGACGGCCCCGGUACCUCCAUAGUGCUGUCCCCGCCAGUCACUACCUACACCAGGACAGAGGGGGACACGUUACCGGACAUCACCUGUACAGCAGACUGUAGACCUGGUUGUACCUUUGUCUGGACACGACCGGACAACACCAACUUUACUGUCUCACCUGUGUUGUCACUGGGACAACUGGACCAAUCAGAACACGGGACGUACAGAUGUACUGCUAGGAAUAUUGUCGGGGAGUCGACUUUAAUAACCAGUGUUACUGUACAGUAUGGACCUGGAGACAGUGUUGUGUUUGAUCCACCACAAGACAGUGUAGAUAUUAUUGAGAAUCAGACCAUCUCAGAUGUCAGGUGUUCCGCUGACUGUAGACCAACGUGUAUCUACACCUGGUCUAGAUCAGGUACAGAUUACACAAACCCACUGAGUCUGUCUGUGGCCACGAGGACCACCGCUGGACAAUACACGUGUACAGCCAGAAACACUGUCAGCCAGGGAACAAAGACUUGGAACCUUAUUGUCAGAUUCCCACCACGAAUUCUCAGUCUAGAUUACACUGACGGUGAUUCUGACGUGACAGAAAAUGGACCUAAGUCACUAGUGUGUUCUGUUGAGAGUUUCCCUCCGUCCACAAUACAGUGGUUCUAUAAAGCCAACAACACACUUCUACUGACCACCCCAGAUGUCCUGGAGAGUACCUACACCUUGACUAACGCUGACUGUCUGGACACCGGACUCUACACCUGUUCUGUCAGAAACAGUGUCUCUACCACAGCAAUCACCAGGGAUAUACCGGUCAACGUUCUGUGUGAACCACGUCGAGUCGCGAGAACUGAAACUGACCAAAAGUAUAAUUUAGAAACAGGUGAUAUUUUAGUCAUGAAUGCAUUGUUCUUCUCGAAUCCGGAGCCAACUUUUUCUUGGUCCUUCCAAGCAUCACCGGACACAGUUGUUACACAUUUAGUCGACGGAACAGACAAUUUUGCUAUCCGUAAUACCUUUGUGAUGAUGAACCUGUCUGCCGUAUCGGUUGGGACACGUACAGAUAUACGGGAGACCUGGUAUGGAGUCUACAGUGUAACGGCGACGAACAGUCAGGGCAGUAACACGUUCAGUUUUAUAGUGGAAGGAAAAGACAUGCCGAAACUACCGAAGAGUUUAUCAGUCAGCUGUGGAAAUCCCCAUUCCGUCGAAGUGAUGUGGACAAAUGGUGGAAACUCCGAGUACUUUCGUGUUUUAUACAGCACAGACAACUUCCUACAGUCAGUUAUAGAUCCAGCGACGAUCUUCAAGCAGGUGGACGGAAAUGACGUGUACAGUGUUACUAUCGGCAAACUAGAUGGGGGACUGCUGUACUUCUUUAAGGUUGUAGCAUACAAUUCACACGGUAACAUCACAUCACUUGAGUCUUCAGGAUGUAGAGUUCAAGAAGAUACAUGUAUGUCCUAUAGCCCUAACAGCCUUUACGUGACGGGAGUUGUACUGACGUGUAUAGGCGGCCUAAUGAUCAUGGUAACUUUGGGACUUGGAAUCUUCAUCACUCGAAAAGGGCGUCUGCCAUUUCGUUCAAGCAAAUUUCAGCAAUGCAAGAACCGGGGAUUCGAUAAAGUGCAAUUUUCAGGGCGAGCAACGAGUACGCAAGAAGGCGAAAGAUCGUACCAGGAACUUGAUACAAGCCAGGUAGCCAAAGCCUCUGUAUAUUCUGAAAUAAGAACACAAGAAAUUGGAGGUGAGAAUGAUGAUGAAGCCAAUCAGAGCAGUAACUACGAGUCGUUGGAAGGACGGUCCAAACCAAACGUCUAUGAGGAGCUACAAACCGCUUCAUCUGGUAGCAGCGGUUUAUACACUAAUACCACAAUAGCAAAGGGCACUGCUUAACAUGACGUAUAAAACGUCAUUGAGAAGAUUUACUAUGCUUGCUGGGAAUGUACACAGGCACAAACGCAAAAGAUGUAAUGAGAAGCCGAUAAUCUCCUAGGCAUUGAUUUGUUUUUAUUUGACGCAAGAGUUUGAUGUUGUCAUUUUGCGAGUCACUGCGACCAGGAAACACAUUUCCGCUUAUUUCAGUAUACUUCAUAAUCCCGGGAUCGUUUGUGUUAUGUUAGAUCGGAAAUGUACAGGAAGUAUGUAAAUGAGCUAAAGGCGUGCAACUGAAGUUAGUUUGUAGAUGAAUAAUUUUAAAUGCCCAUGCAUCAAAGUUACCAGCAAAGCACCUUUAAAAAGAAAUUGAGAUACGUAACUAGUCUCAUGGAUAUUCAUAUAAAAUUUUGCUGAUUUCUCAUAAACUUAUGUCUUAUAUUAUCCUAAAUUAAUCAAUGCAUGUGUGCAAUAUAUCUCGAUUGUGAUUAUAACAAUUCAAGCAAGAUAUAAAGGAAUGUUUUAUCCUGACAUCUGACAUUUAAAAUUUACGAAGGUUUACUUAGAGAAACAUGUCAUCGGUAAUGCAGCGUCAAUAACUGAUUAAUUGUAAACGGAUUUUAAGACAUAAAGAUGUGUAGAACUUCUUUGUGACAUCAUAUUUACGUUACUAGCGAAUAAAGCGCCACACGACAGGUUUCCCUGCGCAGAUUCCUUACCUAUUGUAUUCCUGUAACACACAAAGAGAUUUUAGAAGACUUUUUCUUCACUACUGUUUGCGAAAAAUAACUAAAGAUAUAGAAAAGUCCACACUAUUUACAUACAGAGUUGCUGCAGUAGCGUAAAAUGUAGGGUUUUACCUGAUUUCAUAUAUCAAAUACCAUUGUGCUGAGGUUUCUAUGACUGCCAAGUUUAUGUAAUUGAUACCUGAUUCACAUCCAAAAUCAUAGUUUGUAUAACAGACUUCAGUGAUGUACAAUUCGAGACGCAUUAGAAGGAUUAACUUACAUUUAUAUAUUGUAUGGAAUAUAUUAUAUAUAUAUUUCUUUUAAACUUCAUCAUUCGAACAUAACUUGCUCUCCAACACAGGAUGAUAUUUUCAUGAUAUCUGUUUUCUUAUAUUAAUUUUAUUGUUUAAAGUUUAAUAUUAUAUACUUGUACUCAACCAUUUUUUUUCUCAAACAUCCACAAAUCUUAAUAAUAUCAUACAUUUUUAUUUCUGUUUCCUAUUACAUAUAUAAAGUUCAAGUUAAUGGCUUAAAAAUGAUAUCUGUUCAAACCAUAAUUAUCACAAUCAUUUCUUUUCACAUAAUCUCACAACUUGCAUUUUUAGCAUAACAAUGUAAAACAAUACCCUACUCAUCUUGUGAACUGAUCAGACAUCAUAGAAACAUAGUAUACAGUUUUUGAAAGUUGUAUAAAUGCCAUGUUGUUAAGAGAUAGUAUUUGUUUACUUCAUCUAUAAAGGCUUUAUGAGUCAUAUUGUUUAUGUGUAACAACUCGUGAUUAUGACUAAAGAAAGACAACUCUUACGAAACGAUAACCUUAAGGUCACAGGUCAAACAGCUUGUAAACGACAUGUGAUGUUAUGUAUUACUUAAUAUCUAUGGCGAAUACACUUUCAUGUUUCUUUAGUAAAAUGCGUCCUUUUUAAUACGGUGUUGUUGAGUCAUCUUCCAAUCAAAGAACCAUUAGUUUGUUGGUGUAGACUAUAUUAAUUAUGUAGAAGUGUCAACUUGAAUGAUUUACCUUCUCCCAGUUUUAAAAACACGUUUUGAUAUAAUAAUUCUUAUUUUUGCUGCACUUUACAUUGUGUUUUUUUUUAGUAAAGUGUGUAUCAAUACUUUUUCUGUUUGCGAGGUAUAACCUCUAUUAUUUCCAAUAAUUAUGUUCUCGCAGUUUAAAAAAUCGUUUUCGUAUAAUCGUCACAAUAGAUUAAAAUUCCUAUAUUGCUUAUAUACGUUACUUAAAAUAGAACAUGGAAUCAUGAUAUCAAAACUUCACUAGCGGUCCGUUUUACUUUCUUAGAAAUAACUGCGAUUGUUUAUUUCUAUGAUUAACAAUUUUGAGACCAAUCCGAAACAAUGUAAUUAAAAGAAAAAAACUAGCAAAAACGUCAUAAUCUAGGAUAAGUGUUUUUCAGGUAGCAGCGGAUUAUACACUAAGACCACAAUUAUGUCUUUUUUCUGAUUUCCUAUUACAUAUACAAAAUAUAAGUUGAUGGCUUAAAAAUGAUAUAUGCUCAAAGCGUAUCACAACCAUUUCUUUUUACAUAGUUGUCACAACUUGUAUUUUUAACAUUACAAUGUAAAACUUUCAAACAUUAUACCCAAAGAGAUAGUUUUUGCUGCUUCAUCUAUAAAGCUUAAAACGUUUGUGUUUUGAACACUUACAUGUUAUGCAUAAUUUAAUAUUUACAUCCCGUAAACCACAGAGUUGACGAACUUAAGGUACAUGAACACACUUCUAACAUAAAAUAUCCGUUCAGGUUUAUUUUACCUGUAAACACAUGGCUUCUUACGAAGCGACUACGGUAAUCACACCUGGUCGUACAUGCCCAGGGCUAUUGAGACAACACUCUCAGUGAAUCCUAUUGUAGCACUGUCGUGCUUGACCGCAGACACCUUACUGGCUUCCAAACAGGUCAUUUAAUGAAACUGGAACACGUUGUUAUGUAAGAUUCCAUUGAAAAUGUAUACUGUACCCGCAAUGGACCCCAGGUAACCUUGCAGUUUUUCAAAUCAAGGACAUACUAUCAGUGUAUUUCACCUAUACAUUACCCAAUAUUAGCAAAUCCAAUGGCAAAGAUUAUUUCCUUUCAAAAAAAUCCAGAGCCAUAUCUGGAACUAGCAUCAUUAUAAAAAUAAAACAAGUUGUUUAUCAAUUUGUCUGACAGAUACUGCUAUCAAUAUUUUACCUGCGUAUUGAUUAUAAAUACCUAAAAAUCAUUGACACAUGUACAGACCCCUCUGAAGUGGUCCGUUGUUACAUAGAGUAGGUGAGUUUGCAACACUGAAGUUUAAAAUCUAAAAUAUAUUUUUUUAGAAUUCAAGCAUAGGAGUACCUUUGUUAAUGUCAUAUGGUUAUCCAUGGAAAGGUAUAAUUUCGUACCUGUUGCCUGUUUUGAGAUGUAUUUUUUAAAAGUUAAGAGUUGGUAGGCCUUUGUGAAUACAAAGUGUUCCAAUUUCAAAAGAAACACAAGUAAAACCAUAGCUAAUCUCGCAAACACACCGGUGUUUGUACAAACUAUUUCAAUAGCAAAUAAUAUUUACUGGAAGUCUGGUCAUGAACCUUAAAUCACUAUACGAGGAUAUUGACUGUGGAACAUAACACUUGAUUAUGACUAAAGAGAGACAACUCUUACGAACCGUUUAACCUUAAAGGUCAAAGGUCAAACAUCUUGUAAACGGCUUCUUGUUAAGAUAUUUCAUUCAUUGCUUUAUUUCUAUGGCAAAUAGAGUCCAUGUUUCUUUAGUAAAAUACGUCUUUGUUUUAAAGAUAUGCUGAUGAGUGUCGAGGUUAACUUAGUAUAAGUUACAGUCCCAUCAAAGAACCAUUAGUUUGUUGGUGUGGACUAUAAUAUGUAGAAAUGCCAACUUGAAUGAUUUACCGUCUCUGUCGCCAAUGCACACCUUUUAAUUAUUUUCCAUAUGUUUCCCAGUUUUAAAAACAAUCACGUUUUAAUAUAACUAUUCUUAUUUGGCAUAGCUGUAUAAUAUUCGUUUGGCCCCGGAAUUGACGCGACAGGUUUCGUUACUGGUCAAGAUGAAAUAUGUGAUUUGUCAAUGCAGAUAUACAUUUUAAAACGAAACAAAGUUAAGAUUGAAUACAAGCUGGAUAAGUGGAUGUAUCUUUUCAAAUGGCACAUUUGAACAUCCUGAUUCAAAUGCAGUUUUUUUUUAUCACUAAAAAUGAUUCAAACUGUUAUAAUUUUGUUAUCCAUACUGAAACGCAUUAAUUAAAUAUUUAUUUCACCAGUAGUUUUACAUUAUAACCACCAGCCUUAAAACUAUGCCGUUGAUCUUUUUAAAGAAAUUUCUUGUUUUUGCUUUGCUUUCUGUUAGUAGUUUUGCAAGGAAAAUAUGACAAUAUUUAUUAAGAUUAGUUUGUUCUAUAAAAAUAUGUAUAUUUUGGAAAUCAAGUUUUACGAUAUUACAGAAUGAUUGUUACCGGUGUGUAAUAUCGUUUCCCUUUGGUUUUAUAACCAUGUAAUCAUUUUGUUUAAUUAUAGAUAACUCGGAUGUCAAAUUAUACUUUUGCCUUGGACUUUAGUAAGUGUAUCUAGGGAUAUACAUGUAUUAUUUGGUUCAUCCAAUCAAUCAUAGUUUUACCAUAUUUAGUUACUUGUUUCCAAGAGUUGGUAAAUCUUGAUACUUCACUCGUAAAAUAUAGUGCAUAUACUUAUGAGUAAGAUUUAGUUAACUAUCAGGAGAAAACAAAUAUCGGUCAAGUAAUUUUUUCAGGUAUUAUUAAGAAAGAUAUACAUAAAAUGAAACGUGUAAGGAUAAACAUUCUGUUUAAUGCAAUUACAAACGAUUGUUUCUGAUUUAUUCAAAUACAACUAAAUACGUUUCAUGAUGUAUAUUGUCAUUUUUAUUCACAAAACGAAAUUCAUUGUAUAUUAAAGAUAUUUUCCUCGCA